AUGACAAUCCUCACUACAGAACCUACGAGGUGGGCGGAGGCUAUAGAAUCAUCCGUGGAUUGUUUGUUUUCUCCGCAGUCGGCAAAGAAUGUUGAAGAUGUCUUAUCCAAGGCGUCCACGGUAAAGCACCAGCAAAACCUCUUGAAGGCAGUAGAGCCGUUUAUACUAAAAAUGCUAGAGGAUCCCGUUGCUAUUUCAAUUUUGACGUCGCUCGUAAAGUACGGUACGGUUGCGACUGUUGCCAGUAUUACAGGCAUAGUCGGGCAAGAGUGUGACAAGAUCCUUAGCGGCGCCAGUACCCCGGUGGAGGUGUGUGAAGCCCCGUUUGGUAUUCUCCUGGAGCGUAUCAUUUACCGCGAGGAUUGCACUGCGAAGUGCCGAAUGAAUUUAAUUAAAGAUUUAAAAUCUCUUGACCAGCGCUCACUUAUGGGUUCUGCAAUUUUUUAUUGGCCGCGGCUCGUUUGA